GAAUGCAAAUGCUGCAGUGGGAAUGCUGUGGCUGUGCUGUCUGAAACUGGAAAGCUGGAAAGGUCUGAAAAGUUGCACAUGGGCUCUUAUGGGCCUGCCAUCUCUUGCAAUGGUGGGGCUUGACAAGCCUGUUGUUGCUCACCUUUCCUGAAUUUCCCUGUGCUUGUGCUUAUAGAAUGGCAAAGCCUAAUGUUGGUUUGACCUCCCAGCUAUGGAACCAGGGUAAUGAGAGGGGGUCUGGACUGCUCCUUCCAUUGCCAUCUUCGCAGGGAGACGUGUUCCUUGUUUCAUCGAGACAGAAUGAGAGCCCCCAACGAACAAGAUGCCUCUUCACUUUGACCCGAAAACUGCACCCCACCUGGGCAAAAUCCACCGCUUCUCCGCUGAUUGUGGAUGCUUCGUCUGCAGCAGGCGCGCCGUCGACGCCGGAUGGCCGUGUCCUGACUUCACCGAUCUGGAUGUCCUCUUGUCGAACACAGAGUGGCGCGACAGUGUUUUUGAGUCCUACAGCAAAGAGGGCGUGUACGUGGCGAAAAAUCGGUGGACAUAUUCCGGAAAGAGCUUCACUAAAACCCCUUUCUGGUUCGACGAUCCCCGCCGACGGGCGGAGGUUCUGGCGCGAUAUAUUCUGGACCCGCACCCGACAUCGAAGUGCGAAAGACGGCUCCAUGUGCGUCCCGUGCAGAUACUGGUUGCGCAGCCCCGCCACUGGCUUGACGAUCGCCUCUAUCCUCCGCAAUUCCUCGACCCCAUGCUUGUUACAUAUGGAGGAGGUGAUAAAUGGGGGCGAGGGAGGGAUGGCCAGCGAGGAUAUGCAAGAGGAGAUUAAUGAGGACGAGGGAGGGAUUGCCAGCUUACCCAUCAUGAGUUACAUCGAUUUCGACAUGAUGGACGGAGCCGGUGUAGUGCAUGCCUUGCGGAUGCACUUCAACGAGGGCGAUAAGUGUGGGGGUAGUGGUUGGUUCUCGACCAUCCGCGACCGGGCCACUCGCAAGCUGAUUGGGUUCUCCGACUCGUUCACUUCUGACGACACGAUCGUGACGUGCGUGGACGACGAAUUGAUGAAUAGCUGGGUGCCACACCCUGAUCUCCCAUCAACGAGCCUACUCAUAGCAAGCACGAACUGCGGCGGCAGCUACAACGGCUACGCGGAUGGGGAACGUGAAAAGGGAUCCGAGCUAUUGUUUUUCCAGGCUGCCUUGUACUGGGCAGGGUUGAUGGCAUGUUCCCACGAACACCAAGUCGAGCUUCUUUUCACGUUUGUGCCAAAACUCCACCGAGACUCCUUCGAAACCUUUUGCGACAUUCCUCUGAAGGUCCGCGUGGACAUCAGAUGGCGCUUUCUCAGGAAGGCUUUCGGUCGGAAGCUGGGUCUCAACGAUGAUAUCCUAAGGCACAUCGCAGAGCUCGAUCCCGCUGUUAUCAGGUUCUCCCAUGUACCGUCUCAGUCAGAGAAUAGCAGUCUGUGAUAUUCGGCUGAUAAGAGCCACUCAUCUCGAAUUCACGGGCAUGACGCGAUCCUUUUUCGUGUUCCUCAUGUGCUUCAUAAUUACUGUACAUUCCAUCUAUCUUCGGCUGUGUCUAUCCUCCACACGGGUCGCGGCCGCUGAUCCCUCAAGCCUGCCACAGCCUACCUCUCCGGUUGCGACUGCUCAUUCCCCCUCACGCCUAUGCCAAAUUCGAGGUUCUCAAUAUCCUCCCAAAGCAGACG